AUGUGCAAGGCCGGCCAAGGCAAGGCCGACGGCGGGAUACUCUCGCGGAUGCGCCAGCUCCAAGGAGACAUGCCUGCUGAUGAAGGCGAAGGCGCAAGCGGUGUCGCCGGCGCGAAAGAAGACGAGGGGGAUGGGGCCGCGGCCCUCCCGCCACCCCUCCUGCCGCCGGUCCUCCGGCUGCUCUCGGCCGACGUUCUGACGGAGGCGUGCACGCUCCUCGACCCCCGCUCCCUCGCGACGGCGGCGGCGGCGUGCCGGUCGUUCCGCGACGUGUGCCAGGGGGCGUACCCGUGGAGGGGGCUGUGUUGUCGGGAGUGGGAGCUGUCGGACGCCACGGAGGAGGAGGAGGGAGAGGGAGAGGCGUCGGCGCCAGCAGUGCAAGUGCCCCGCAGCCGGCUGCACUUUCGCGACUCCAUCCUGGGGUGCGACUUCCGCAAGCUGUUCCCCCUGAUCGAGCAGAUGCCCACGGGCUUCGACUGCUCCUUGCUCCGUGGUGGCUCUCCCGCCAGCGGUGCAAACAACGCCGACGGUGCUGAUGCCCAAGAACCCGAUGACGACAACCACCAGCAAGAGGCGAACAACCAUGAGGGCGCAGCAGCAGCAGCAGCAGCCGAAGGGGACGGUGACGGUGAUGCCGCGAUCAACCAAGGGGCGGGGGCGCCGGCAGCAGCAGCAGGUGGCGGCGCGGCGGCGCGGGCUCCCGAGGAAGCAGAAGAGAAGGCCGGCGACUUCGUGAUCAGGGGGGUCAGGCGGCGGCCGGCGAAGAGGCCGCUCUCUCCGGGCGUAGCAGCAGCAGCAGCAGCAGCAGCGCCGGCGUGGGCCUCGACGGCAAGGGAGGAGGGGCAGCGGCCGCGCUCCUCCUCCUCCUCCUCGUCUUCCGGCGACGUGGCCCUGCAGGUGGAGUUCCGCGGGGGGCUUGGCGUCGGGAACCGCUGCGUGCGGGCCGACCUACCGCUGCCGAGCACGGUCUUACGGGAGCGAACGGGGGCCGGGGCGAGGUCUAGCCUGGCGAGACACUUGGAGACGUCCCCGCUGGCCCUGUUCCGCUGGCUGCUUGCCAAGAUGGCGGCGACGGCGAGCGGCGGCGCUGGUGCCGGCGGCGGCUCGGGCGCCGGGCGUGCGUCUCCUGCGUCUCCCGCUUCGGCUGUACACCCAGGUCUUGUCGGGGACCACCAAUUUCAACACAACGCACAGCAGCAGCAGGCGGGAGGGGUCGCAUUCGCGGCGCCCGGGGCGAUGCUGCAAGCCGGAUUGGGGCAGGACGGUGCCGCGGCGACCGGAGAGCGCCGCAGGCGUGCUUCCUCGCUGCCCAGCGGGGGGCCGGACGGUGCCGGCGCUUCUGGCGGGGGUCAGCACGGGGAGAAGCCGAAGCUGCCGCGGGUGCUGUGCUUCCCGGUUGCGUUGGGGAGGGGCGUCGUGGACGUUACCCCUAGGCUCGUCAGCUACUUCGAGGUGACGAUCAUUGCCCCGCGGCUGGACGCUCCCCACCCCAUUCCCGACUGUAUCGCUGUCGGGGUCAGCGAGAGCCGUUUCCCGCUCAAGGGCAAGAUGCCCGGCUGGGACUCCCGGUCGUACGGGUACCACAGCGACGACGGCGGGGCGUUCCACGACGCCGGAAGCAUGCUCUUCAAGUGUGGCCCCUCCUUCGGCGCCGGCGACGUGGUUGGGUGCGGUCUCGACUACAGCGUCGGGGGCGACGCCGCCGACAUCUUCUUCACGCUCAACGGAGAGCUGCUGAACGGAGGUUCCGCCGCGUUCCGAGGGGUGAGGGGAACCUUCUACCCCACGGUGGGGGUUGACUCGGCGUGCCCGGUGCGGAUCAACCUCGGGGAGGAGCCUUUCAGGUUGGACCUCGCGGCCGCGCUGCGGGAGGGGGGGCAGGAGGCGACGGCUCGGGAGUCGGUGGCCCAGCACGAGCCCAAGCGCAGCCGCACCGCAGCAGCCGCUGUUUCUGCGCCGGCGGCGGGCGAGGGAGCGCCGUCUAUGCCCGCCGGUGCGAAGGCAGCGGCCGGGACCUCGUCUUCAUCGUCGUCGUUCCCGGGGCGAUCGCGGCAGCGGUCGUUGCCGCUGCCGGACGUUCUGCCGCCGCCCGCGGAGGGGAGCUCCAUCAGUGGAGUUAACCCGCACGUGGCGCUGAGCUACUGA